GCAAUGAGCGACGGUGUUCGGCUCCGGAGUUAGCAAACAGUUGGCAGAAAAGAGAAAAUUACUCUCUGAGGGGGGUCAGAGAUUGGAUGACUACGAUUUAGAAAAGUCAGCCAGCUGAAAGAUGUUCAGGAUGGAGAUACACAUUUGGCUAUUGGCCUUUUGUGUUAUCGUUGCAUCUGAACUACAGUGGCAUAGGGACCCCAAGCUGAACAAGUGCUGGGAAUUAUGGAGGAAAAAAUAUGGCAAAGAUUACGAAAACAAGAAUCAGGAAGAGCAGCGCCGAAUGACUUGGGAAAAGAACGCACAAUUUAUCGCACUACACAAUCUCGAAUAUUCACUUGGCAUGCAUUCUUACGAACUUGGCAUGAAUAACCUAGGAGAUAUGACCAAUGAGGAAGUGUCGUUGCUCCUGACCGGCUUGAAAAUCCCAUCCUGGUGGAACCGAAAUUCCACGUCGCACACGUCCAUCGUAGGCACUCGCCUCCCUGACUCCGUAGACUGGAAGGCCAAAGGAUUUGUCACGAGCGUUAAAGACCAGUAUUCGUGUGGCGCUUGCUGGGCUUUUAGUGCUGUUGGUGCCCUGGAAACUCAGUUAAAACUCAUGACUGGGAAACUGGUGUCGCUUAGCCCACAGAAUCUCGUCGAUUGCUCCAGCUUCUAUGGGAACCAUGGCUGUAACGGAGGUUAUAUGCCUGCUGCUUUCCAGUAUAUCAUAGAUAAUAAAGGCAUCAACUCCGAAGCUUCCUAUCCAUAUAAGGCCAAGGAUGGGCUCUGCCGCUAUAAUCCCUCUGCACGAGCUGCUACCUGCUCUAAAUAUAUCUUGCUUCCAUCUGGAAAUGAGACUUAUCUACAGGAUGCUGUAGCCAGAAUUGGACCGGUGUCAGUGGCCAUCGAUGCAAAUCAACCGACGUUCUUUCUGUAUAAGCAGGGAGUUUAUAAUGACGCCAGAUGUACGAGUCAGCAUUUGAAUCAUGGUGUCGUCGUGGUUGGAUACGGAAAGGAGAAUGGCAUGGAUUACUGGCUUGUGAAGAACAGUUGGGGAAUCUAUUUUGGCCAAGAAGGCUAUAUUAAAAUUGCAAGAAAUCAAGGGAAUCGCUGCGGCAUCGCCAGCUACUGCUCCUAUCCGCUAAUUUAGAUGGCGUCAUCUUCAGUUUGCAGUUUCUUCGUUUGAGGAGCCCUAUUAGGCAGCUAAUCUUAGCCUUUAAAUAUAUAUAUAUAUAAAUCUAACUGUUGCAUUUGGGAAGAGUGAUUGAUCGCCAAAACCCAGAUCUUCCAUUCGGCUCCACUUGGUAGAUCUGAGACAAGCAGCCCAUAUGAGGGUUUAUCUGGGUUUAGUUCAGAAUUUGCUAACGAUCUCAGGGGCACCGCCAGGCUUAAUCAGUUAAUCAGGUAAUGUCUGCCAAUCUGCUUUGAACAACCAAAGAGCGCUGGGUAAUUGUCUGGGAUUUCCAUUCGGGCCACCUGAAAACGUCCAGAAUCUGCAUUCAAGAAUGUAAAGCAAAGUCGUCUUUAAGGUUCGGCCAUUUGUGAGACGGUUUCUCGCCUGAAAAGAGUCAAAUGCAUACAAGUUGAACUUCGGAUUCAUUUAACAUGAGGAAGAAAAGAACAUUUUCACUGCUGGGAGCCACUGCAUGGAGUACAACAUGGAAUCCUAGGGCUGGAAGGGACCCUGGGAGGUCAUUUAGUCUGACCCUCUGCCCAAGACAGAAGACCUUAUUAUACCACCCCAGACAAAUGGCCACCCAAUCUUCUUUUGAAAAUCUCCAGAGAUUUGGUUCUUCUUGCAGCGUAUGCUGGAUCCUUCCUGAACCUGGUUGAAAUUUAAUCCGAAAGCCCAGAUUUAACCUUGGCCCUGUAUUAAAGAUUAUUAAAGGCAAUGCACGUUCAAGAAAAAUGUGGCUUGGUGUGAUGUGAAAACCCGGUUGCUGUGCUUUCUUGAUUACAA